GCUGUUGCUUGGUGUCUGAUACGGAAACAGCAAACAGCUGUUUGUUGUCUGGCUAUCUGAGAUUUAUAGGUUAGAGCAAGCUCCUAUUCUUAUGUUGGUUUAGGACAAUUGGUUUAAUAUUUCAUGUAAUACUAUAUUAUCUGUUAUUAUUUUAUCAUUCAAAGAAUGAUAAUUUGUUUAUAACAAUAUAUAAACAUCAUGGCAACUGAAACAACUCCAGAAAGUGAUAUAGGAAGUAUUGAAUGUUUUCAAAAUUAUACUGCCCCAGAAGUAUUUAUUCAAGGCUUGGCUGGCAUUGUAGAUCAGCAAGAUGUUGAGUCGAUGAUUAGAGCUCAAAAACAGAUGCUGCAGAGGUUCGAGAAAACAAACGAGAUGCUGCUCAAUUGCAAUUCGCUGUCGGUCAAUCGCUUAAAAGUUGCUAGUGCUGAAUUGAAAAAGCAUACCCAACUUCUUGUUGAGAUAAGGAAAGACUUGGAUGGAGUUUUCAAACGAGUGAGAAAUCUAAAAACAAAAUUAGGGGAUCAGUAUCCAGAUGCAUUUGCGGCUACAUUUGGACACACUGACUGGUUCCUACUCUGUCUUGUUGAAAAUGGAACAACCAUAGAUUUGCUUAUAUUUACUGGACACUAUUUCUUAUUUACAGCUGACGGGAGCGGACUGCAAAAAGAAGAUAUCAAUGAAAGCCCCAUCAAGCGUAUGGCAAACAGUUCAUCAGAUGACAGUGAAAAUAGUAACAAUGAUUCAUCACCUUACACGUCUGACACCGGGUGAAGCACUCAUCAAUAUUUUGUAUAUGAUACUUGUAUUCCUAAACUAUAAUAUUAUUCCAUUUGUUAUUUAUUAUUUUCUAUUCAAAACAACUACUAUUUGUGAACUCUAGCUGACUUAAAUUUAGCAUAUUUAUUAUUUUCUAUUCAAAACAACUACUAUUUGUGAACUCUAGCUGACUCAAAUUCAGCAUACUCUUUUUCAAUUAUCUUUCCGUAAUUUAGAAUGCUGUCAGUUAUCAUAAUGCAUAAUUUGUUAGACGAUUGCUGAGAUAAGAGUGAUGAUUCAACUUUCACCUCCCAUUAUGAAGUACAGAAUUGGUUGAAAAGAUUGGAUAGAAUUAGUUAUUCGAAUUAGGCCAGUAAUGUAUUCAUUACCUUCUGUAUAUAAUACACACUCUCUUCAACAA